AGCCGAAUCGAAAUAAUAAAGGAAUAGAAAGAAUGCGCCCUCUACGACCUUUUCGACAGUUGUGAAAUUUCCCUCAGACAAACCUGAGAGAAAGCCACAAGAUGGUGCAACGACUCAGUUUCCGCCGUAGGCAUACCUACAACACCAAAUCCAACAAAGUCAAAAUUGUAAAGACUCCAGGUGGCCGCCUCGUCUACCAUUACCGCAAGAAGAAGCCUGCCCCUGCUAGAUGUGGUGAUACUGGUGUCAAGCUCAAGGGAGUUCAAGCUGCCCGCCCUAAGAAGCUCAUGGCUCUGUCAAAGCCAAAGAAGAAGGUCUCAAGAGCUUAUGGUGGAUGUCUCUGUGCAAAAGCAGUGAAACAAAGGAUUGUUCGUGCUUUCUUGAUUGAGGAGCAGAAGAUCGUGCAUAGAGUACUCAAGGCCUCGCAGGGAAAGAAGAAAUAGACGCCUAGCUUGACUGUCAUGGGGGGAAGGGGCACAUUACUGUCAUACUCAAUUUAGUCUGUACAAAUAAAUAUUGU